AUGGACACCAAGGACAACCUGACUACCUACAAUGAUCUGGUUAAGAACUUUUACCUCAAACGCGGAGUCUUUCCCCCACAUAACCUCAAGCUCAACCGGGCACAGGCCACUACUUUGCGUCUAUUUCAAACAAACACGUAUCCCUCACCUGCCCGCCUUCACCUCAUAUUACCGGACGUGUACACAACCUCUCGCUACCGGUGCUGCGGCACUCACCCGGCUACGCUUCCGCACAUGGAGGAGUUCGUCGUCGAAAAGAUACUCGACCAGCGCGUGAGGCAGGCCAAAGUCGAAUACCUGCUCAAGUGGAAGGGAUACGGUGGCAGCAAGAACACCUGGCAACACAAAGAGAACACCGACUGCACGGAUCUAAUGUCGGAGAAACGCGACCCGGAGGCUGAGUCCCAGUCGACGAAGAUGAAAGGCUUCGUCAAGCUACGCGGGUUCGACCGCGGCUUGGAGCCGGAUCGGAUCAUCGGAGCCGCCAAGUCGAACGACGGUGAACGUAUGUUUGUGAUCAAGUGGAAGAAUUGCGACGAGUACAAUUUGGUGCCUGCUCGAGUGGCUAACGUUUGGUGUCCGCAGGUGGUCAUUCGAUUUUAUGAAGAGCGUCGCACUUGGGACACCUCAGGCGGGCGAGAUGACGCAUCCGAGAAGGCGGCCGACUCUUAA